AUGGAGAAUCCCAGCACAACGAAGAAGAAGAAGAAGAAGCAACAACCAUCCUCCUCCCAACCCGAUUCGGAAAACAUUCACACCAAUCCCUUCAUCUCAUCCUUCUUCCUCGCCAUGGAAGACCCCAAGACCCACCGCCGUCAAUCAUCCCUAACCUCCGUGUUCAGCUCAAUGCCUCACAACGACGACGACCCCUCCCAAGUUCUCAUCAUGAGCGCUCUCUGGACCUACGCCAUGACUCAACCAGACGACCCCAUCCUCCCUUCAUCAGGCCUCCUCCUCUGCUGCUCUCUCCUCAUCACCAAAUCCCUCACCAAUCCCUCAUGGCUCCACCGCCACCAAAACAUCUACAUCCCUUACUACGCCGCACACAUACUCGGCUCCUUCACUCUCCGCCACCCAACUCUGGCUUCUCUAGCCAUAUCAUCCGGCUGUCUCCCUCCUCUGCUCUCUCUGCUCCGCGGCUCCUUGACUUGGAUGGAACAGCGCGCCGCCGUUCGGGCUCUCGGCCACCUCGCCAGCUUCGACAACACUUUCCCCGCCGUCGAGCUUCACGGCGCUGACAUCAUCAUCCCGUUUUCAAUUCAUCUCGCCACCACUUCGAUCGAAACCGUGUUCUCCUCGCCGAGACAGAGAUACCAGAGAGAUCUCCUCACUCGUGGGCUCGGCGGAGCCGAUAUGGAGGCGAUGAAAGCAGAGCAAUGGGCCGGCCAACUUCAGACCUGGUCAAUCUACCUUCUUUCCUGCUUCGCCUGGCGAGAUUUCAAGUGGCAUCGAAUCAUCGUCACCGAAAAUGCAAACUUUUUGAAAAAGGUCUGUAAUAUGUGGGGUGGAUUGGCGAAUGGCGACUCCCCUGCGGGAGUCGGUUUGAUGCGAAUUCUUUGCCGGAGCGUGCUCGGCCGAACCGCAAUCGCCGGUUGUGUAGAAGCCGUCGAAAGCCUCUGUAAUCUCUCCCGUUCAUCAGACGACUGGCAAUACAUGGGAAUAGACUGUCUUCUCCUUCUACUGAACGAUCCAGUCACUCACAACCAAGUCUUCCCGAUCACCUCGCCGUACCUAACCGACCUAGCUGAGCUCCGGCGACUCGGUUCUAGAGAGCAUCUCGGAGAAAAGAUUACCAACUCUCUUCCACUAACCGCAUUGAUACAGAGAACCAAAAAGGAGGCAGAAAUGAGCUUGGAAGAAACAGAACAAAGGUGGAAACUUUCGAGAGAACUGAAAAGGAAAGGGAACCAGAGGUUUCGGGUCGGCGACGUGGAGGGAGCCAUAGAGAUGUAUACGGAGGCGUUGAUGGAGUGUCCUCUGAGAAAGAGAGAACAGAGAAUGGUGAUAUACAGCAACAGGGCAAAGUGUGAGGUUAUGAUUGGGGAGGCGGAUGCGGCGAUCAGCGACUCCACGCGAGCGUUAGCGCUGUCGGAGCCGGCGAACUCGCACGGGAAGAGUUUGUGGUGGCGUGCGCAGGGUUACGACAUGAAGGGGAUGGCGAAGGAGAGUUUGAUGGAUUGUUUGUCGUUUUUGAAUUGGUGGUUCGGUUAUUAUGAGGGGAAGAGGGGAAGAUUUGGUGGGGUUGUGCCGUGCAGUGCUGUGCGGAUGAUUCGUAAGCAGAUGGGUAGAGUUGGGCUGUUUGAUGGGGUUAAGGAGAAGUGCGGCGGUGAAGAUGCUUCUGCGGAUGGUGAUGAAUAG